GAAGCGGCCCCGUUCCCACGGGGGGCGGGGAAGGAAGAUGGCGGCCCCCAGCAGGCGGUGAGGCGAGAGGAGGACACGGGGAUCCCGGGGAGCGGCCGGACUGUUCCGUUAUGGCCGCAUCCCCGCACACUCUUUCCUCACGCCUCCUGACAGGUCGGGUAGGAGGAUGUGUCCGGUAUCUAGAGAGAAGAGCGAUGCAGGAAUCCCCUCACACAUUCGUGCAUCUUUUCAGGAGCGUCAGUAAGCAGUGGAUUACAUUUCAGCACUUGACCUUCCUCAGGCGCAUGUAUGUCACACAACUGAACAGAAGCCUCAACCAGCAAGUAAAACGGAAGCCAGAACCCGUGGCAUCUCCUCUCCUUGAGAAAACACCUUUGGGUCAGGCCAAAGCAGAAAUCUGUGCAAUGAGACCUCUUCCGCCCCCCAGCCUACCUUUAUCCAGAAAAUCAGGUGACAAAGAAUUGCUCGAACUGGAAUCGGCCUCCGUAGUUGAAGGCUCGCUAGAUGCGGGGACAGAGACAAAGGACGAAAAGCACUGGAAAGAGAUGAAGUUGCAUCUGGACGAUUUGCCAGGAAUUUUGGCGCGGCUGUCCAAAAUCAAACUCACAGCUCUGGUCGUCAGUACCACUUCAGCCGGAUUUGCGCUGGCCCCAGGACCUUUUGACUGGUCCUGCUUCCUGCUUACUUCUCUGGGCACAGGCCUUGCGUCUUGUGCUGCCAACUCCAUCAAUCAGUUUUUCGAGGUGCCGUUUGAUUCAAACAUGAAUAGGACAAAGAACAGACCUCUGGUUCGUGGACAGAUCAGCCCGCUGCUCGCUGUGACCUUCGCCACUUGCUGUGCCGUCCCGGGGAUUGCCCUCCUGACCUGGGGGGUGAACCCCCUCACGGGAGCCCUGGGGGCCUUCAACAUUUUCCUGUACACUUGCUGCUACACCCCGCUGAAGAGGAUCAGCAUCGCCAACACGUGGGUGGGCGCCGUGGUGGGGGCCGUGCCCCCCGUCAUGGGCUGGACCGCGGCUACAGGUGGCCUGGACGCAGGAGCCUUUCUCCUGGGAGGGAUCCUCUACUCGUGGCAGUUCCCCCACUUCAACGCGCUGAGCUGGGGCCUCCGCGAAGACUACUCCCGCGGCGGCUACUGCAUGAUGUCGGUCACGCACCCGGCCCUGUGCCGGCGCGUCGCGCUGCGCCACUGCCUGGCCUUGAUCGCACUGUCCGCCGCCGCGCCCGCGCUCCAGGUCACCACGUGGGCCUUCCCGGUCAUCUCCCUCCCCAUCAACCUGUACAUUUCCUACCUCGGCUUCCGGUUCUACGCCGACGCGGACCGGAAGAGCUCCCGGAAGCUGUUCUUCUGCAGCCUGUGGCACCUGCCCUUGCUCCUGCUGCUCCUGCUCACCUGCAAGCGGCCCCCGGGCGCGGGCGGGGCCGCGGGGGAGCCUCGGGGUUGAGACCCCCUGGGGCGCGCAGGGGGGGG